AUGCCCGAAGAACCGAGGGCCACCGCUCUCCGUUUGGGCUCGAUUGCCCCCAACUUUCAAGCCGAAACCACCAUCGGCCCCAUUGACUUUCACGAGUGGGUGGGCAACGACUGGGUGAUUCUCUUCUCCCAUCCGGAGGAUUACACCCCGGUCUGCACCACCGAGCUGGCCGCGCUAGCCAAGCACGAGCCCGAGUUCACCAGGCGUCACGUCAAGCUGAUCGGUCUCUCGGCCAACUCCAUCGAGUCGCACGAUGGCUGGAUCAACGAUAUCGCCGAGAUAGCGGGGUGUCCCUUGACGUUCCCCGUCAUCGGCGACAAGGAUCGCCUGAUCGCCUAUACCUAUGACAUGCUGGAUCACCAAGAUAUCACUAAUGUGGAUGCCAGGGGCAUUGCCUACACCAUCCGGUCCGUCUUCAUCAUCGAUCCCAGCAAAGUCAUCCGCUUGAUUCAAUCCUAUCCCGCCUCUACAGGCCGUAACACGGCGGAACUGCUCCGCGUAAUUGACUCUUUACUCGCUACCGACAAACAUCGCAUCAAUACGCCCGCCAACUGGGUGCCCGGUGACAAUGUGGUCGUUCCUUCCAGUAUUAAUGACGAGGAUGCCAAGGCUCGGUUCCCGAACAUGCAGGUGGUCAAGCCGUACCUGCGGUUUGCGCCGUUGGCCAAGGAUGAAUUUGCCCCUAGUUAG